AUGGUCAAAGACACCAACAUCUUCACCAAGGUGAGCGCCAAGAUCAUCAAGACCAAGGUGCCACCGCUCUUCUCGACGGGCCUCUCGACGACGUACGUGCUGCAGGUGCACAACGCGGCGACGGACCACAGCUUCCGCGUCGGGAAGACGUACACGGACUUUGUCGUCUUCCGCGACCAGCUCCUGCGCAACGGCGCGCACGAGUGCGACAACAGCGCGCUCUGCGGCGCCUUCCACAGCGACAUGCACACGCACUUCCCGCCCAAGGUGCUCAUGCACCGCCACGCCGACGUCGUGCAUCUGCGCGAGUGGAAGUUCCAGGACCUUCUCGACCUCGUCGUCCGCUUCAUCAACGCGUCGCGCAGCAGCACGUGUGGGUACGCGCGCGAGGCCGUGCCCAAUAGCCUCAUCGUCUUCCUCUUUGACGGCGCCAAGAUGGACAAGCGCAAGUUCUGGAUCCCGCUCCAGCGCACGCACCGCGGCCGGCGCAUUCCUCGAGCGGUCAUUGAGGAAGCCAUUCGAAUUGCCCGCGACAACCAAAACGUGGACGAUGACAAUGAGGUCAACGAGCGUCAUAUGGGAAGCAUCGACUCGAUCCUCGAGAGCCACGGCAGCGUUGCGGUCGCAGUGUCCGUGCUCGACGCCGUAGGGUCCCCCGGCAUCGCCCUCGAUGUCGGGACACCGCCGCCCGGGGUUGCCAACCUGCAUCACGCGGAUAACAACGUCAGCCUCGACGACGACGACGACGAUGCCAUUGCGACGCCAACUGCAGUUGCUGGUCUUCUUCACUCGUUGCGGACGACGCUAGCGGCCAUCGACGAUGCCAAGAACUUGGCUGCCCUCGAAGACCAGGUCCAGAGCCUCUUCCGCGACCGCCACACGCAACUGCAUGUUUAA